CAAAUCUAGAUCGGACAAUCUCCCCGGAAGUUUGAGUCAUUUACGGAAGUUUGUAAUUGGUGAAGCUUUAGCAACUAUCUACAUGUAUUUUAUUUUAAUAGUGUUUACAACAACGUCUAUGCAGCGUGGCUGUUUUUUAAAGAAUAUACAAACGUUAAAAUGUCUAACUUGAAAGAGUACAUCGACAAACUGUCUCGUGUUUAUGAGCGGUACACAGAGUAUGUUCGAGGAAAUCCAGCAGCAACAGCACAGCUGGAGACCACAGUGCGGACCGUGUCCUACCUGAUCGCAGGACGAUUUGCAGAUUCCCACGAACUAUCUGAACUUGUGUACUCCGCUUCCAACCUCCUUGUGCUGUUCAAUGACAGCAUUCUGCGCAAAGGGCUGAGGUGUGCCCUGACUGUGUCCAUCUCACAGCAGAGAAUCCUCACCUGGCUCUCUGUAUUGGAAUAUAUGGAGGUAUUCCUGGAGAUGGGGUUCCAGAAGGUGUGCGGUGAGGUUGGCCGGUGGCUAGUCAUUGGGCUCCUUCAAAUGUUUAAGGCCAUUAUGCGACUUGUGCUUCUUUUGUGGUAUAAAUCUGGCAUCCAGACUUCACCUCCAAUCAUCCCGCUUGACAGAGGUGCAGAGAUAAGUGUUGAAGAUAGUCAUGUGGAGCAGCAAGAUGACACUUGCUUUGUGGGCCAGAGGUCAGGACGGGUCAUCAGAUCACUGGGCAGUGCUCCAUCUGUGUGUAGAGCAGCCAGCCUAAAGAACAAGAGAAGACAGAACUUGAAGGAGGAGAAGCUCCACAGUAAACCAACAUCCCUGCUGCUCCAGGAGACCAUCGCUGAGACUGUGUACAUCAGUCGUCCCCUUGUACAUUUACUAUGCCUCGGACUGUGUGGGAAACAGUCUUGGAAACCAUGGAUCAUCUCUGCAGCUCUUGAACUUUCCAGCUUUGCGGUGCUCCAUGAGAAGAAGAAGUUUGACAACAGAUGGGAGAGAGAAGAGAUGAGAAGGAGAACCUUUAUUUUGCUCUACUACCUUGUUCGUUCUCCGUUUUAUGACAUAUAUUCAGAGGAAAAGAUUGUUUUCCUGCUGCGACUUCUGGCCAAUCACGUGCCAGGAAUAGGCCUUGUCGCACGGCCUCUCAUGGAUUACUUGCCCAGCUGGCAGAAGAUAUACUUCUACAAUUGGGGAUAAAAGUCACCACUUCCAAUCAAAUGAACUCUUGAGAAGUCAGUUUUUAAUAAACAUUUUGCCAUC